AUGGGUUGUGGGUAUAGUUCUCCCAUAGACGACAAUGAUCCAUAUUAUCACGACAAACGUAUCAAUGAUGCCAUUGAGCAGGGUCUCAAUUUUCGGCGGGCAAAUGAAAAGGAUAAAAUGCGGCUAUUGCUUUUGGGAGCAGGAGAAAGUGGAAAAUCCACAGUGUUAAAGCAGCUCAAAUUGAUGCACAAGGGUGGGUUUACACAGCAGGAAAGGCUACAGUACUCCCAGAUCAUUUGGGCCGAUGUAAUCCAGUCAAUGAAGAUUUUGAUAGUGCAGGCUCGAAAGCUCAAGAUUGCGUUGGAGUGCGAUAAGGAUGAUAGUCCUUUGCUAAAAUGUAAACAUAUAGUAUUACAGGCCAAUGCAUUGGGCCAAAUCGAUACUGGUGCCGCAGGGGGAGUCAACUUUUUGAGUGAUUAUGUUCUCAAGUACGGUGAACGUUAUAACAGAAAACGCAAAAUGCAAAGUACUGGCUUGGCACUUGGCAUGGUUGGAAUUGGUUUGAACACAUUAGAAGACCAGGGGGAAGAAGUGCUCGAUGACGUGGAUGUUCCUCUUCUUAACGCAAAUCAGCAAUACAGUAGGUUUGAAAUAGCCGAUGCAAUUAGGCGGUUGUGGGAAGAAGAUUCCGGUAUCAAACGCUGUUUUGAUCGGUCAAAUGAGUUCCAGUUGGAGACCAGUGUGGUUUAUUACUUCAAUAACAUCUACAAUUUUGCCGAUCCCAACUACCAGUGUAAUGAUCAGGAUAUCUUAAAUGGUAGGGUGAAAACUACUGGUAUUACCGAAACAGACUUUGUGAUAAAUUCAUUCAAAUUUCAGAUUCUCGACGCUGGUGGCCAGCGACUGGAAAGAAGAAAAUGGAUCAACUGUUUUGAAAACGUUACUGCAAUUCUUUUUGUGGUGGCAGUUUCGGAGUAUGAUCAAGUCCUUUUUGAAGAUGAGAGGGUGAACCGUAUGCGAGAAUCGAUAGUUCUCUUUGAUACCUUGUGCAAUUCGCAAUGGUUUUCUAAUACCCCAUUUAUUCUCUUUAUGAACAAAAUUGAUAUUUUUGAACGCAAAAUUACCAAAUCUCCCAUCAGGAGACAUUUUGCUGAUUAUAGUGGUCCACCAGACAGUUAUGAAGAUGGAAUCAAGUACUUUGAGCAAACAUUUCUCAACUUGAAUCGAACAAAGCGUCCCAUUUAUGUGCAUCGAACGUGUGCUACCGAUAUCAAUUCAAUGAAAUUUGUACUUUCAGCGGUAACUGAUAUGAUUGUCCAACAAAAUCUCAAAAAGAGUGGUCUCUUAUAG